AUGGGCUCUCCGCUGUCACCUGUCAUAGCGGAUAUCACUUUACAAGACUUAGAGAGCAGGAUGAUUGAGACUCUUCCAUUUAAGAUGUCGUUUUACAUUAGAUAUGUUGACGAUGUCGUGUUGUCGGUUCCUUCCUCUAUGUUACAAUUUACUCUUGACGCGUUUAACUCCGUCCAUCCGAGAUUACAGUUUACGCUUGAGGAGAGCAUUGACAACCGUCUGAAUUUUUUAGAUGUCACUCUUAUUGUUAAAGAUAACACGAUAGAGUUUGAUUGGUAUCACAAACCUUCUUUUUCGGGCAGAUACCUUAAUUUCGAGUCUCAACAUCCUCUCUGCCAUAAAAAGGGCACCAUAAUGGGUUUAGUGGAUAGAGCUAUUUUGUUAUCCCAUCCAAGAUUUCAACAAAAAAAUCUUGAACUUGUGAUAAAAAUCCUGCUGGAGAAUGGUUACCCAUUGUCUUUGAUUUUUAAGGUCCUCUAUAGGAGACUUAAAAAGAUAUUUUUUAACAAACGGACGACAAUAACGAAUGAAUGUGACUCUAAUGGUGACGACAAUGAUGACCGAAAAAUGUUUUUCAGCAUUCCAUUUAUUGCGGGAGUAUCGGAACAAUUGAAACAUGUGGUCCGUGAUCAGAAUGUAAUACUAUCUUAUACUGCUCUGAAUAAACUACACUCCACUAUCAAAGUUCAUAAGGAUCCGUUGCAGAGACAGUCACGCAUGAAUAUCGUGUACAAGAUCUCUUGUAAAGAUUGUGAUGCAUCAUAUGUAGGCCAAACGGGCAGAUCGUUAAAAACACGCAUCAAUGAACAUCGCAAUCACAUUACAAGAAACACGUCGCAACUUUCGGUGAUCACUGACCACAGACUGAUGAACCACGAAUUUGACUGGGAAAAUGUUGAGAUUUUGGAUGAGGAAUCUAUCCUUAAUAAAAGAUUGAUUUCCGAGAUGCUAUUUAUAAGACACCAAAAAAAUAGUCUCAACCGACAAACGGAUACGGAAUAUCUGCAUCACGCGUAUACUCUAAUUGUUGAAAAUUUAACAAAAAUUUAA